CACACAUCAAAUCGGUGUUGAACGUGCUCUAAUCAAGUCGGCGGCGCAAUAGUUACCACCACCGACUUCACAUGUUGCGGGGGCCGCAACAAAAGUCGGUGACGAGACAUCUUUUCUGGCCGAAUUAUCGUACCUUGCUUCGUAUAUAAUGCAAAUUCAAAAAUGUUGUUCUCUCUCCCGAAAAAUAGUUAUUGCAUGUGCAUCUCCAUGAGCUCCAACAAUGCUGAGGAAACCCUCUCCCCACCUCCUCUCCGAAACCCUUCUCCCCCUCCAAAGUCUCCACCUUUAUCCCUCCAUUCGCCUCUCCACUUCACCCCCACCACCCAUUUCCACAAACCCUACCUCUCCCCGCUCCGAAUCCACUCGCUACUUGGUGGUCCACAACACCCAGAUCGCCAAGCAUGGGAGAAAUGGCGAAAUCCGAGAAGCCCAAUCCAUUUUCGACGCCAUGCGUAUCCGUGACGUUGUUUCGUGGACGGCGCUGCUCACGGCGUAUGUCGAUGCAGGCGAUGCCGCGACGGCACGGAAGGUGUUCGACGAAAUGCCAAAGAGGAAUGCUGCAUCGUGGAAUGCGAUGAUCUCGGGUUACUUACGGGCCUCGAAGGUCACUGACGCCUAUGAAUUGUUCGUUCGAAUGCCUGUGAAGAACGCAGUGUCGUUCGGCGCCAUGAUUGCCGGGUUCGCCAAGUGCAGCAUGAUAAGGGAGGCCGAGGGGGUUUAUGAUCAGAUGCCAAUGAGGUGGCGGGACCCGGUUGGUUCUAAUGCAUUGAUUUGCGGAUACUUGAGGGUUGGCAAGCUGGAUGACGCCGUGCGUGUUUUCGGGGCGAUGAAGGCGAAGGAUGUGUUCUCGUGGAGCUCGAUGGUUGAUGGGUUCUGUAAAUACGGGAGUAUUUUCGAUGCUAGAGAAGUGUUCGAUGUGAUGCCGGAGAGGAAUGUAGUUUCUUGGACUUCUAUGAUUCGAGGAUAUGUUAAGGCCGGAAUGUGGGAAGACGGAUUUAUUUUGUUUCUCGAUAUGAGGAGGGAAUCCGUGAGGGUCAAUUCGACCACACUCUCGGUCAUGCUUGAUGCCUGCAGCGAAUCUAGUAGGAUUGGUGAAGGGGUUCAAAUUCAUGGUAUUACUAUAGUAAUGGGUUUCGAAUCUGAUGCCUUCUUAGGUAAUUCCUUGAUUGUUAUGUACUCUAGAGCCGGUUUGAGGAUAGAUUCUAAGAGGUUAUUCAAUUGCAUGAAGAGGAAAGAUAUGGUGUCCUGGAAUUCAUUAAUCAACGGAUAUAUUCAGCAUGAUGCCAUUGAAGAGGCAUAUGAGCUAUUUGAGAUGAUGCCCGAAAAGGAUGCUGUUUCUUGGACUUCGAUGGUCGUGGGUUUUGCUAAUCGAGGAUGCAUGGGAGAAUCUGUCCGUCUUUUUGAACAUAUGCCGGGAAAAGAUGAAGUUGCUUGGACUGCUAUAGUUUCUGGAUUCAUAGCUAACGGGGAUAAUGAAAGUGCAUUGAUGUGGUUCAAUCGAAUGGUACAAGAAAGUUAUCGACCUAAUUCCAUAACAUUAAGCUGUGUGUUGAGUGCUUUGUCCGGUUUAGCUUAUUUGAACCAAGGGAUGCAAGUUCAUGCUUGUGGUUUAAAGAUGGGCUUAGGGCUCAAUGUAACUGUUCAGAGCUCUUUAAUCUCGAUGUAUGCUAAAUGUGGAAACAUGGGCGAUGCUUAUCGUGUUUUCUCAUGGAUCAGCGAACCGAGUCUCGUUAUCAUAAAUGCAAUGAUAACCGCAUUUGCACAACAUGGUUUGGCUGAGGAAGCCCUAAAACUAUUUGUGAAAAUGCAAGCAGAUGGGUAUAGGCCCAACUAUGUUACGUUCUUAGGAAUCCUUUCUGCUUGUGCUCACGCAGGCUUUGUUGAAGAAGGGUAUAACUGCUUCCAAUCUAUGAGCACUAUUUAUGGGAUCCAACCUGGGCCGGAUCACUAUACCUGCAUGGUUGAUCUUCUUGGGCGUGCAGGAAUGCUUUAUGAAGCUUUGGAAUUGAUCAAAUCGAUUCCAUUUAAACCCAGUUCGGACGUGUGGGGGGCUUUGCUUAAUGCAAGUAAAAUCCACUUCAAUCUUGAGUAUGCAAAGGUAGCGGCAAAAGGGCUUUUAGAGUUGGAACCCAAUAAUGCAACAGCUUAUGCUGUUCUAUCUAAUAUGCUGUCUUCAGCUGGGCUAAAGGAGGAGGGGGAAAAUGUGAGAAUGGCGAUGCAGUCCAACAGUUUUAGGAAGAAUCCAGGUUAUAGUUGGAUUAUACUGGAUAAGGAUACAAAUCAGCCGAGUGCAGGAUAAGUUUUCACAGGCAUUACAGAUACCUCCUAUAUUUCGAUGAAUCAAAAGUGAAUGUUUCACUCACUAUGGUUGGAUCGUGGGUGAAUGUUUCAAUCAAUUCAUGCAAAUUCGCAGCCGGCGAAAAGAUCAUGCUUUUAUAUCUGGAAACACAUCCUCUUAUACAAUUUAAACUAUCUUGAACCAAGAAGCGAGUUACAAUUAUAUUUGAACCAAGAAGCGUUUUCACGGUGAAAACGUCUACUUGUGAUAAAAUACAGCCCGUAUGAUCACAUCCUCUUAUACAAUAUAAACUAUCUUGUUCCUCUUAUUCUCUUGAACAAAAGCUUCGCCACAGAUAAAUCUGAAGUAGAAAGAGAUGUCUUUUCCCUUUAUUGUUGCCCAACUUAAUGUCCUUCUCCAGUGCUUAUGGGAGGCUGCAGGAAGCGAAAGUCAUCAAAAUGCUAUCGGCAACAAGCACACGCUGCAAGAGGUAUAAAAAUGUAUUUAGCGAAGGAAGCAUUUUUACCUGGAGCAAUCAUACUCUAAGCUGAUGGGGAAGGGGAGUGGGGUGCCGCAUGCGGCAGGGAGCUUGCUGACGGCAUCGUCCUUGAGAUUCUUCAAGUGCGCCGCCGCCUGCUUAAUGCAGUUGCACGCGAAGCGACGUUCCGCCGUUGUGCCCGCCACCAGUGUUCUGAGUUUCUUCAGCCCGUCGCAGCAGGCAGGGGCCGGGGACUGCUGCUCACCUGUCAGGUAAGAGAUGCAGGGGGCGAUGCACAUAUCGACGUCGGUGCAGCUCAUUUCAUGGGCCCGUUCGGCCGCCACAUAGGCGACCAAAAGAGUAAGGAGCAGAGAUGCAACCAGAGUCUUCAUGUUAUCUCUUUUUCUGUUUGUAAGUGAGUAGAGGUGUUGUAGCAGAGGGGUGGGGAUUUUAUAGGGAGAUUGUGGAUGGGGUUUAUAUGAUGGGUAUGAAGAGCUUGUUUAAGGUUUUGCUUUUCGGUUACGGUGUUGAGCUCAUAAUGCAAGUGCAACUUGCUUUCUGUUGUAAAGUCAUCAACCGCUUUCGCUUUGUUUCAGAGAUAACGAAAUAAAUAUGGAAUUGUAAAUCAGAGCCUUAAUUUUAAAAGGCAAGGUCGAAUUCAAAACCCUGAAUGUGUUUCAAUGAUCAAAUUUGUGAAAUUGUGAACUUCUGAUCAUCGAGUUUCUGUAAGAAGAUCAUGAGGACCACUUGGAUCAAAUUUCACUUUUAACUAUUGGUUAUAGAUAAAAAAAGUGGAGCUUCUCAAACUAUCAACUAAAAAAUUUAUGCAUUGUGUUUGACCCU